CGGCAGGGUAUAACGUACAAGUGGUGUGUGCAGCUCUCCGGUCAGUUACCCGCUGCGUGAACGUGCCGAGAUGUUGCCUUCACUCAUCCCGUGUACCGGAACGAACAACUAGUUUUGGUUUGCUUUGUUUCUGCCUCAAGCUGUCGAGAUAUUCAACGGGCAGAUCAGCGGUCUAUUGUCCCUCGUUGUGAGUGUGUGAGCUGCUGGUGAAGGACUGACAGGCGGCUCUCUUUUUGUUGUGUGGCACGUGAAGGAGACCGGGAGACUGAGGCGUGUUCACGGUCCACGGGUGUCCCCUGGAAAAGAAGAGAGCGGAGAAAAGGAGGCUUUCUUUUCGUCUGAUGUCGCCCGUGGAUGUGUCUUUCUCUUCGGUCGGGUUCAGCAGGACAUGACGGAGGAGCGCUGCCGACUGGUUGUGUAAAGUUUGAGAUCACACCCGCGGCACCGACACCCGGACCUUUUCGACAGCCGUCUCGUUUCCGUUUGCCUUGGGAGGGAGACGAGAGGUUGACGAGAGGAACAAGACCCACAUGUGCGCAGGUUGCCCGUGAAACGGCAAACUGGCUGACAACAGAGCAGCGGGGACGAUGGCGAACGACUCUAUACAAAGUGACCCAGGUGGGCUGUCGGUUCUGGAGCAGCUCGACCUAGACCAGAACUCAGACUUCUCCGAUUCCAGCGUGCAGCAGCUUCUUGACGAGCAUCGCGAAAAGAUCCGCAGAGAGAUUCGCAGGGAGCUGAAAAUCAAGGAGGGAGCCGAGAACCUGCGAAGGGCGACGACUGACAAGAGGAACGCACAGCAGGUGGAAAGCCAGUUGCGUUCUUCGAACCGCAAGCUGGACAACCUGCAUGCUCAGCUGCAAGAACUGGACGCUCACAUUGUGGUGAAGGGAGGAGAGGAGAAUAAAGAUGAGUGUCCUCAGUCUCCCGGGGCGGAGAGUCGUACGUCAGCCCACAAGCAACGCAUUGCUGCCCUGGAGAGACAGCUCAAAAUCGAGCUCAAAGUCAAGCAGGGAGUUGAAAACAUGAUCCCCAUCUACGCUAAUGGAUCCACCAAGGAUAAGAAGAUGCUGCAGACGGCCCAGCAGAUGCAGCAGGACAGUAAGACCAAAAUUGACAUCAUCCGCAUGCAAAUCCGCAAGGCUGUGCAGGCCACCGAGCACAAUGACGACACACAGGGUAACCAGGACGUCUGUGGGAUGGAGCUGCGUAUUGAAGAGCUGAGGCAUCACUACAGAGUAGAGCAUGCGGUUGCUGACGGGGCCAAAAAUGUGCUGAGGCUCCUGGGGGCCAGCAAGGUCCAGGACAAGAAAGCCCUCUCUGAGGCGCAGUCUCGUCUGAGCGAGGCGUCUCAGCGCCUGGACCUGCUGAGGGACUCUCUGGACCAUCGUCUGGCGGAGCUGCCCGAGGACCACCCCAAGGCCAGUAUCAUCAGAGAGGAGCUAGUCCAGGCCUCCUCCCCGGUCUUCAGCGCUCGCCAUGGCGCCCCAUACCACCAUAACCAGUACAGCACGCUCAACAAGCCCUCACCACUCACUGGAACCUUGCAGGUGCAGGUGCUGGGCUGCGUGGGGUUGUUGGAGGUGGUCCCAGGUCGCAAUAAAGGCACAGCUGUAAUGCUGCCCUGCUACAGCCCCGGAGACACCCGGUCCUUCAUGAGAGGCAGCAAAGGACUCUACGGCCGGAGCGGCUCGGUCAGCGGGAAGACACCCAGCAAGGCAGACGAGCUCUCGUCUGAGGUGAGUGCUGUGCUGAAGCUGGAUAACAGUGUGGUGGGCCAGACACCCUGGAGGACUGUGGGAGAGCAGGUUUGGGAUCAGACCUUCACUGUGGAGCUGGAAAGGUCGAGGGAGAUGGAGAUUGCAGUCUACUGGAAGGACUACCGCUCAUUGUGUGCUCUGAAGUACCUGAAGCUGGAGGAGUUCCUGGACAACCAGAAACACACAGUUCAGCUGGAGCUGGAGCCUCAGGGCCUGCUGCUGGCCGAGGUGACCUUCUUCAACCCUGUCAUUGAAAGAGCUCCUCGUCUCCAGAGGCAGAAGAAGGUCUUUUCUAAGCAACAAGGCAAGGCAUUCCUUCGAGCUCGUCAGAUGAACGUGGACAUCGGGACGUGGGUGAGGCUGCUUCGAAACGCCAUUCCCACUGUCAACAACUCAGGAACCUACAGUCCCAACGCACACAGCCUAACGCUCAACGCCGGGGAGGUCUCGGUGGAGAAGUUGAGUUUGGACAGCGACUCUCCGAUAAGAGGCGAUAACAAGAAAGACGCGGACACACACACCCCGGACCGACUGCCCAUCAUCGAGCCCUUCUCCCCCCCAGACCUCACCCCUGAGUGCCCUGUCCGAACCCCAUCUGUUGGCAGUAAGCAGAGGAAAGGUCCUCUUUCCCUCCAGGACUUCCGGCUGAUUGCUGUGUUGGGCAGGGGACACUUUGGGAAGGUGUUGUUGUCAGAGUACAAGAAGACGGGCACGAUGUAUGCCAUCAAAGCGCUGAAGAAAGGAGAUAUCGUUGCUCGGGAUGAGGUGGAAAGUCUAAUGUGCGAGAAGCGCAUCUUUGAGGUUGUGAACCUGUCGCACCAUCCCUUCCUGGUCAACCUGUUUGCGUGCUUCCAGACUCCGGAGCACGUGUGUUUUGUUAUGGAGUACACGGCAGGAGGCGACCUGAUGAUGCACAUCCACACAGACGUCUUCACCGAGCCGCGAGCCGUGUUUUAUGCGGCCUGCGUAGUUCUUGGACUUCAGUUCCUCCACGACCACAAGAUUGUGUAUAGAGACCUCAAGCUCGACAACCUGCUGCUAGACACCGACGGUUAUGUUAAGAUCGCUGACUUUGGACUGUGUAAAGAAGGAAUGGGCUUUGGGGACCGGACCAGUACCUUCUGUGGGACUCCAGAGUUCUUGGCCCCAGAGGUCCUAACGGAUACAUCCUACACCCGGGCAGUAGACUGGUGGGGGCUGGGGGUCCUAAUCUACGAAAUGUUGGUGGGAGAGUCUCCAUUCCCAGGAGAUGAUGAAGAGGAGGUGUUUGACAGCAUUGUGAAUGAUGAAGUCCGCUAUCCACGCUUCCUGUCCACUGAGGCUAUCGGCAUCAUGAGGAGGCUGUUAAGGAGGAACCCAGAGAGAAGACUGGGAUCUGGUGAAAAGGAUGCAGAAGAAGUGAAGAAGCAGCCAUUUUUCAGAAAUGUGGACUGGGAGGCGUUGCUGCAAAGGAAGGCGCCCCCUCCCUUCAUCCCCUCCAUUGUCGGCAAGGAAGACGUCAGCAACUUCGACGAGGAGUUCACCACCGAAGCUCCGGCGCUCACGCCGCCACGUGAGCCCCGCGUGCUCUCCCGCAAAGACCAGGACAGCUUCCGGGAAUUUGACUACGUCUCUGACCUCUGCUAGUGGAUGCUCACGGACCUGAGAGGAAUGUUCCACUUUUGAAAAGCCUCAAGGCGGUUUUCGUCUGAGCGGGACGACGGUCUCAACUGACUGUGUGUCUGCUGUCGAUUUUACACUGUGAAUGAAUGCGGAGAAACCAGAGGCAGUCGGUCUCUGGUGUGUCUGUAUGUGUGUUUGUGUGUGUGUGUGUCUGCGGCGUUUUAAAGAUGGAGGACUGAGAAAAUAAAAGCACGGCCGGAUAGCCGGGGUGAAAUGUUGGACAAACGAAGGCCCCCCCCUCCCCAAUCAUUGUACAGCACACCAGGGACUUGUGUAUCUUUUACAAACAUUAGCCUUUUAAAAUGCCUCCUCCCAUCGUCUCAUGCGUCUGUGAACUCAUGAGCAGCUGUGAGAGGAGGUGAUGUUAAAUGUUUUGGGGGGUGGGGGGGUUGUUUCAAGGCCUCUCAUACUAAUGCCUUACAUUUGUAUUUGAUCCACAGAAAAGCAUUUGUUUUUUAUUUUGUGGCCCUUUGUAUCCAGCAGCAGGACGAGGGACCCGAUGCAGGAAAACAAGAGAAUCUGCUCGCUAGAGCGGAAACGGUGACCUCGCAUUCAGAGUGACUUUGUACUCGAAGCUUUCCCAGCAGUCGGUGUUGAUUAUGACACAAAUUAUUCGUUACCUAUGGGGUUAAAAAAAACAACACUUUCUUACUUAUCUUUGGACCUUUACCAACUACUUUUAAAAAAUGUGUGCUGCUCUGAUUUUAAUUUGUGCCACAAGCGUUACAAGAGCGAUUUGUAAAGACGGUCGCCUCCUCGGUGCAUUAUUCAAUACCCACCACAGACCUUUGAAUUGGAUAUCUGGGCAUGACACACAGUUUGAUAUAAAACAGAUGUAGCCGACACAGAAUCACAAACAUCAGCAUAAAAGCUACGUGGCAAGCAGGUUAUGCUAUUUCACUCUUUUUAUCAUUGGGGGGGAAAAACACUAAAGACUUGAUGUAGGAGUAACAUUAUGGUGUCUGUUUGAGACACCUUCAUCCAGUUAUCGUCAUGCUUGGAGAGUUUUGUAAACAUUAAGUAAGUAAUUUCCCUCCAAGACACUUUUUUUUAUCUGACUUCAAACUCGACAAACAUUGUCUCUAAGGGUUGUUUUGGUGUCUGUUUUAAGGACUGAAGCACCAACAGCUUCCAUCACAGAGAUGAAUUAAUCUGUUUCAGCUGAAACGGAUCGAUAGUUAUUCAAUCUGAGUGAAGUCACAAACGGAGCUUGCUGCAGUGAUGGCGGCUUUAGAUUCCAGCGAAACAAGUUAUGUUGGCAAUACAUUUCUAAUUGGACAAUAUCAUUUGAAACGGGAUGCUCAAUGUUGGAAAAUAUGAGCCAGUAGAAAUAAACUUCUGUCUGACUUUACCAUCUGAAUACAGGAGAGGUUUGUCGUCAAGCUGUAUGUAUGAGGGUGUGGAUUUUACUUAUCUUGUGUAUGAUGAUACAAAACCCUGUGAGAGAUGACUUAUUUUAUAAAGAAAACAUGGAGUGAAACUUC